CAAGCAAUGCGCUUCAGACGACACAGAAACUCAGUGUGAAACAGCUUCAGACUAACAAUCUACCAGCAGAUUGAAUCUUAAGGAUAUUAUUUUAUCUUCACUGGUAUUUUUUCUUCAAUUUAUCACAUGGCGUUUCUGAUCUACCUGACGCUCCUGACAACAGCCGUCAUCACACAGGUGACUGCUAGCUGCCCAGCGGUGUGUGAGUGCCCCGGCGAGCCUCGGCUGUGUCCUCCAGGAGUGAGCGCCGUGCCAGAUGGAUGUGGCUGCUGCAAGGUGUGCGCCGCGCAGCUUAACCAGGACUGCAGCCCCGUGAGGCCUUGCGACCACCACAAAGGGCUGGAGUGUAAUUACGGCAAUGACGUGACCAUGGCCUGGGGCAUCUGUCGAGCAAAAUCAGAGGGACGCACAUGCGAGUACAAUGGCAGGAUCUACCAAAAUGGCGAGAGCUUCCGCGCCGGCUGCAAACACCAGUGUUCCUGCAUCGACGGCGCUGUCGGCUGCGCUCCUCUAUGUAGCAACAAGCUGCCCCCAGCCUCACCAUCCUGCCCCUACCCACGACUGGUCAGGAUACCAGGGCAGUGCUGCUUCAGCGUCGACUGCCAUAAGGGCACCUGGCGGCUCCCACAUAAGCAUCAGGUGCCUCCAGCACAACAACACCUGCCCACACCUCAGCAUCAUCCUGCCCCUGACGACGAGCUCGCCAACGAGCUCGCCGAAGUCAAGUCCAGCGGCUGGGAGAAUGAACACGGCUUCAAGCACCUGCCUGAGUGGAACCACUUGAAAGAGAAGAAGUGUCCGGUCCAGACCACUGAGUGGUCCCAGUGCUCCCGCAGCUGUGGGAUGGGCGUGUCUUCUCGUAUCACCAACAAGAAUCCCCAGUGCAAGCUGGAGAGAGAGACGAGAAUCUGCACCGUGCGGCCGUGCCAGGGCCUAACUGCCCCCACCAAGAAAGGGAAGAAGUGCACCCCAGCCCAGAAAGCCCCAGAGCCCACUCGCCUGUCCUAUGGGGAAUGUGUGAGCGUCCGCCUCUACCGGCCCAACUACUGCGGCGCGUGCACGGACGGACGGUGCUGCUCGCCACGGCGCACACGCACCGUCCCCGUGACCUUCGUCUGCCCGGACGGCGAGCGUUUCCAGAGGUCGGCCAUGUUCAUCCAGUCAUGUAAAUGCAGCGACGACUGCGGCCACCUGAAUGAAGUGGCCCUCCCGCCACAACACUGGAUGUAUGGAGAUACACACAAGUUCAUAGACUAGUACUGAGGAGUUUGUUUGUUUUUUUUCCCAUUUGAGUGCAACGACUUUCUUGAUGAAGGAAGAUGCUUCGAGACAAGGGGCCUUUCUUCUCGUCUGGCUCUGAGUGAGAGAAGACCACAGGCACCCAUGAAGGGCCGCCUCGGUUCACAGCCACAAAGGCAACUCUUAUUCUAAUACUAUUGUGUCGCCGGAGUGGAUUGUACACUCGCCUGCUCCUGUUCAGACGUGGGACCUAAAUUAGAGCCCUGAAGCACCCAUGCACUUCCUCCACUCUGGACUGAUUGCUGGUUUAGGUGUUGAGGAUAUUUUCUUUUUUCUUUUUUGAGAACCUCAGAUCAUCCUGAGAGGAGAACGAGCAACAAAGCACUUUGAUUAGCACUGAAACCUUUAACUAUGACAGCAGUGCAUAAGGAUCACCCUCACCUGUGGCAACAGCCAGACAUACUGUGAUUGUGGACGACUCCAUAUCCCACAAUGCACUGUUACUCAGUAACAGGCAAAAGAGUAACUUUUACAGCUUUAUGAGUAUGAGCAGACAUAUUAGGCAUGCUGACAUGACAACCCAUCUAAGAGUAAACUAAUACACAGCAAUGAAUGACACUGAAUGACUGUCUUGUGAUAAGGAACGCAAUCUUGAACCAACAGGCGUUCAGCGAGGACUGGACCAAUGCCAACUGAUUUCUUGUUUGUGCGUUAAAUGCAGUGUAGAGAAAUGUCUCACACAAACCUGUUAUUUUGGAUCACACUGUACGCUGUACAUAUAUUUUCUUUAUUUGGAUCCAAGUUUGCAUUUCGUCACAUUUGUACACAUUCUCUGGAUGAAGAUGCGAAAGCGAGGCGGUCACGUUUUUUUAGUUGCUUCACCCAUGUGAUAAAACUGGCAGCUGAGCUCCAGUUUCAUGUGAGGUUUUAUUUUAAGUCAACCUGUACCGUUUCUAACUUGGCAGCCAAUUCAAAGUGGCUGCUUGGGAAAACAGUGGCUAUGUUGUCAUACUAUGCAGAUAGCACCCUCUGCUUGUGAGGUUUAUUAACUGCAACACAAAGACUGUAUUUACCGCUGUACUGUUACUUCAUGUUUAGUACAACAUCCAACACACUAAAUCUUUUAAACUAGGUCAAAUUAAAUCAAAACAACACCAUUACAUAAGGUAUAAAAACUUUAUUUCUUCAACCAAAAACAAUAUAUCCAUGGGUUUAACAAGGAAAACACUAAAGCACUCUGCAAAAACAGGAUAAAAUUUAAAAAAAAAACGUUUAAUCAUUAUGAAUUUGCCAACA